AUGCUGCCCAGCAGAGGCGUCCUCCGAUCCCUCCCCUCGGCGAGGGCGACCAGCAGCAUAUCCAGCCAAGCCAUCUCUAGGUCACACAGACGACUCGGCGAUGGACGUAACUUCAGCUCCCUGCGCACCACCGCCAGCGGCGCUGCCCCCUGGGCCGGCUUGAGGUCCUCAAGCGGCAGACUCGCCGGCACCGUGGCCAUCGGCGGCGCCCUCCAGACCCGACGAGCCAUCUCCCUCUGGGGCAAAUCCGAGCCCGCACCCCAACAACCAGCCCAAAUCCAGACACCACCGGCACCCUCACCACCCGUCCAGCCCGCCGCCGAAACCGCCGCCGCCGCCGAGCCCGUCUCCAUCCCCGCUGAGCCGUCAACCCUCGUCGACCCGACGGCCUCCUCCCUCCCCUCCAUCGACGCCGCCACCCUCCUCGACCUCCCCGAGCAGAUCGGCUACCUCAAGACCCUCGGCCUCGACUUCGGCUGGGGCCCCUCCUCCGUGAUGCAGUGGGCCCUCGAGCACGUCCACGUCUACUCCGGCCUGCCCUGGAUCGGCUCCAUCACCGUCACCGCCGUCCUCCUCCGCCUCCUCCUCCUCAAGCCCCUCCUCAAGGCCCAGGAGACCUCCGCUAAGCUCCAGCUCGUCCAGCAGAACCCGCAGUACGAGGCGCUGAAGAAGGCCUCCGUCGAGGCCCUCAGCAUGGGCGACACGGCACGCACGCAGGAGCUCCGCCGCGACCUCGCCACGAUGAACAAGCGCGCCGGCGUCAACCCCUUCAACGCCGCCUGGGGCUUCCUCCAGAUCCCCUUCGGCUACGGCAUGUUCCGCGUCCUCAAUGGCGCCUCCAGCAUCCCCGUCCCCGGCUUCGAGAACGGCGGCUUCGGCUGGAUCACAGACCUCUCCGUCCCCGACCCGCUGUACAUCCUCCCCAUCCUCGGCCCCAUUUCCAUGUUCGCCAUGAUGAAGACCGCCGGCGCAAACGCCUCCCCGCAACAAAAGGCCCAACAAAAGAUCCUCAUGUGGGUCAUCGGCCCCAUCUCCGUCGUCGUCACCCUGUACCUCCCCGCCGCCGUCCAGUGGUACUUCUUCGUCUCCGGCCUCAUCGGCGUCGUCCAGAACUACACCCUCACCCGCCCCGCCAUCCGCCGCGCCCUCGGCCUCCCCGUCGUCGGGCCCUCGGGCGGCCGCAGAUACAACGGCGGCAGCAUCUCCACCACCGCUACCUACCAGGCGCCCUCCCCGCGCCCGGGCUCCGAGGACGGCUCCAUCAAGGGCGUCGUGUCCAGCAUCCAGCAGACGAUCCACAACGCAAGGGGCGGCGCGGGCGACUACCUCGAGGCCCAGGAGAAGAAGGCCGCCGCCAAGGAGGCUGCGGCGCGGGCGGCGCUGCUGAAGAAGGCGCAGAGAGAGGAGAUGUACGGCCGACGGAGGUAG